AUGGACUCUUGCCAGUACUGCGGCAGUGUCUUCUCAAAGACCGACUCCGUGGACCCCACCGCGAGGUUGUAUGACACCCAUGAAACGUCCAAGAGUAAGUGGUGGUGCCUCAGAGGACUAUGUUCGCGAAAAACUGACCAAAGUGUUGACGUCAUCGUUUUCUCUACCUCGGACACGCCACGGGAAGGAAAGUACCAGAGGAGGCGUACCAUACAGUUUGAUCUGGAACAGAAUGGUAGUCUAGGAGUGAGGAAUCACAGGAUAACGCACGCGUCCAUUCUGAAGGCUGUUAAGAGAGGACCCCAUGAAGUAAAAUUUGGACUAAUUUCUCCUCCUACAAAGUACGGUUUAAAAUUACUCACAGUUUUUGCGUAUCCCGACCAAGUGGGAGAAACUUUUUCGAGAGCAGCCGAGAAGCUUGGGUUCGAAGUUACGUCGUGUAACUCGGACGUAGCCGCCCUAGAAGAAUAUCAGUCGAAAUCACACGAUUUGGUUUUGGUAGAUACCAGGUCCAGCAGGUCCUUCGAUUACGAGACGAUAUGUCGAUCCAUACGCAAUACCAAAGGCAGCCAGCACACUGUAAUAGUCGCUAUUAUCAAAAAAACUGCGUUCGAAAAAGAUGACGCCACGAUCGCCACCCUGCUGGACUCAGGAUUCAAUAGGUGUCUUGUAGAGACCACAAGCGUAAUCAACUGUGUGAACGAGAUCAUCCUGCUGAAGCACUGCGACAUUCGACCAUCAGCACAGCACGCCACCUGCCAGGCGCUGUAUGCGGCAUUGGACAAGUGCAGGGACGUCGUAAUCGUCACCGACGACAGCUACAAAAUUCAGUAUAUGAACCGAGCUACCGAAAAAAACCUCAAUAUGCGACAGGAAGACGCACUGGGUAAAACGCUGCAGGAGCAACUGGUCGCCGACUCAGUUCAGAUCAACACUAUGGGCUCAUCCCUACUAAGAGGGAGAGAAUGGAGCGGUCCCAUGACACUCAAAAAGAAACCCUCGGAGACGGUGGUGUCGUCCUGCAAGGCUGUGCCAUUCUCCUGUGCCGGAAGGAUGCCGACGCACUUCAUCCUGGUAUUCGACACGAGUUCUAUGGACCCCAACAUCCUCGGUCAAAGCAGGGGCAGCGUGCACUCCAUCAGGAGGGGCUCGACGGACGUCAGGAGCGUCGGCAGUGACUACCUCAGGAGGACAAGCUUGGCCAAGCUAAACUCACUGCCGCUGGAAGCGCCAAUAACCAAAAUAAUAAGUCUGAUAGAUCAAGCCAGGGAGGGCUCAAACUCAAAUCCUCAAGUAAUACAAUUAUUAGAUAAAGUAGAAGAUAUUCUAAGGUGUCCUGAACUAUACUCACCGCACGUGAAGGAGGACUUCAAGGUGAAAUCAGACGAAGCUGUGGUAUCGGAUCUGAUCACGGCUCUCCUAUCGAAAACACCUCAGCCCACGUUCUCGGCCUCUUCAAGGAGGAGCAGCAACGAUUCGUCCGUGUUCAGGCCUUCCAGAGGAGGAUUCAUCAAGGUACCCGCAGCUCUUAGGGAAUUGAUGGAGUCUGCUCUCACCUGGGAGUUCGACAUAUUCAGGCUGGAGGAGUUGUCCAGGAAGAGGCCACUCCAACACCUGGGAAUGAACCUGUUCAACCACUUCGAGGUGGCAAACGUGCUCAACUGUGAUGAGAAAACGCUUUACAACUGGUUGACGGUUAUUGAAGCCAACUACCAUUCAGAGAACUCCUAUCACAAUUCCACGCAUGCGGCAGACGUCAUGCAGGCAACAGCUGGAUUUCUGGAAAAGGAGCGAAUGAAGGCAAUUAUGGAGCAAAUGGACGAGGCUACAAGUUUAAUAGCAGCGGCUGCUCAUGACGUCGACCAUCCCGGAAAAUCCAGCGCCUUCUUAUCAAACUCAGACAAUCCUUUAGCCAUACUGUAUAAUGACGUGACCGUUUUAGAGUCACAUCAUGCAGCCCUUACGUUCAAACUUACUUUAGGUGAUGAAAGAGUCAAUAUAUUUAAAAACUUAGAUAGAGAAACUUAUAAAAUAGCGAGGUCCAAUGUCGUCGAUAUGAUUCUAGCAACAGAAAUGACAAAGCAUUUCGAACAUCUAGCCAAGUUCGUGAAUGUUUUCUGUACGAGAACGUCCGGAUCGGACGCUGAGGAUGGCCAAGAUUACGUACCCCUUUCUCUCCCAGAGAACGUAACUUUGGUCAAACGGAUGAUGAUCAAAUGCUCCGACGUUUCGAACCCUACAAGGCCGCUUAGGCUGUGCGUGGAAUGGGCGAGACGGAUAGCCGAAGAGUACUUCCAACAGACGGACGAAGAGAAAGCCAGGGGUCUUCCUGUAGUGAUGCCCAUGUUCGACAGACAUACUUGUUCGAUACCCAAGUCACAGAUUGGUUUCGUGGAUUACAUCAUCAACGACAUGUUUGAAGCUUGGAAUGCGUUUAUUGAUAUGCCAGAACUGCUGACAUACAUGAGGCAGAACUACAUAAGAUGGAAGGAAUUUGAUGAACAAGGUCAUACGACUCUAGCUGAUAUUCAAAAAUUGCAAAGUACUGUACUUAUGUCUCCCGUGAUUCCUACUAAAUCUUCCAAAUCGGAUGCCUGAUCCAAGUUUUUCCGUCACAGUGUGGACAUCAGUGACUUAAGACAUUUUUUACUCAAAAAACUGUGAAUGUAUCUACAAAUAAAUGGAGCAUAUCGUUUCGUACAUCCCUGCAUAAAGAUGUGUAUCUAUACCUCCUCCCUUAAUAUAUUAUAAAUGUAUAUUUUACAUUGGAAUGUGCAUGCUGGUCGUGCAUACUGUUCAUAUGAUUUUGUUUUUUAAAUUAUUGUUUUAUUAUAUACUUUAGUUAUAAAGAAUUUGUGUUCUUACUGUUUUGUAUUUAUAA